AUGGCGUGCCCGAACUUGGAAGCGCUGACCGGAUUCUAUUGCUUCUACAACCAUACGUUUGACAGGUUGACGCACGCGCUCUCAACAAGAAAACAACUACGGCAACAUGCCUGGAUCAUCGCCGAGAACGACGACGUCACCGCAAGGGGUCAGACUCAAUUACCUCCCGGCCUGCUGGACGAGGACCAGUCAUAUCAGUUUGUGUUAUACCACGACCGAUGGAAACAGCUUGAAACACUUCUCCUGUGUUCACCUGGGGGACUUGGUGUCAUUGAGCAUGAACUAUUCAUCCGGAUCCUCCAUUCCUUACCGGCGCUCAAGAACUUGUGCGUCUCCUCAUUUGAUACGGAUGACUUCCACGAUCUAACGCUCCUUUCGCUUCCUCCAUGGGUCACUACUCUCCGGCUUGAGGAGUGCCUAGGCGUGACAGACACCGGACUGACAAGGUGGGCUGCGAGUCCCAAUGCAUCGCAGAUGGAGCGGUUGAGUCUACUACACCAGAACAUUACGAGUUUGUUGACGAUCUCGAAGAUCUUCGCGAGCCUGGAUCGACUGGUCAAGUUCACCAUCGUGCAGAGCGAUGCUGUACCUUCGCUGCCGAAGGAAAUGCGGCAAUUGGUCGUACAGCCUGUGCUUGCUUCAAAGUCUUUACAAUUCCUGCACUGGGAUAUCUCGCACCCAAAAGCAGGAGCUACUGCCGACCCGGAUGAUUCGGAGCCGGAAAGAGGUCAAGCAACUCCCAACAUGCAUCUAGCACUGUCAAUAUCACAUGGCGGCUUCCCCCGUCUACGACGACUACGAGCACCUCGAGAUACAUCUCCCCUUGGCAUCUUGCAGUCCGUGUGCCAACCUCUGCAUGGAAACAUCACCUUGCCAGGUGAUGCGUCUCAUUCACACCACUACCGGCAAUUGAGGAGGUCGAGCUCUUUGUGUGCGGCUCGUCUGAGGGCUCGAAAAAUCGAGGUUCAUCAGUCUAUCAGUACACGUACACCCGCUUCCAGAGCCGGGAAUCGGCUACAAGCUCCUUCAACCGACAGAGAUACCCCACGGCCGCCGGCGCAGAAGCCCACGAGUGACUCAUCAACAUCUACACUGGGCUCUUGGAGAACUGUCGGCUCCAACACUUCGAAAAGGAGCAGCAUCACCAAUCAAACUGGAUCCGGACCCGGACCCGGACCCGGACCUGGACCUGGACCUGGACCUGUCUCGCCGCUUACCGCAAGCCAGGAUCACUUCUCUCCACUGGCUCCCGACGACGGCAUCAUAUCUCCCAUCGCUGCAGACCAAGACCAGGUGUAUCUUGCUGGCGGAGACUCAGAUAAGCAAGCAGUCACGGGGCCCCAGAGGAGUAAUCGUGGGGAGAGCAGGAAGCGGCAUAGUAUCUGUCGAUGUACCCCCAAUCCGACAGGAAAUAGGGAUAGCAUAUCCGCGCGCGAGGGUCAUGAAGGCCCGCAGCAAGAGCAAGGAGCGGGUGUAGUCCCGCUGCCGUCCCGAAGCCCAUUUCGGUCCAUACAGACUUAUGCCCAUAGUCCAACACUGACUCGGUUCCCAAGCCUUACGAUACGAACACCCCAAAGGAACCGUCCGGUCCUCUAUCUGAGGCCCGACGUACCUGGUCUCGACAGCAAUGGAGGUCUGAUUGGUUGGGGCGAGCUCCUGAGAAUCAGCGAGAAGGCCAGAACGAGCAGGAGCAGCCAGAGAGCACGGGAAGCCACGCGACGAAAUUCCAAAGGCAGCCUUGACGAAAACAGCGAUGAUGAUGAUGAUGAUGAUGACGACGACAAGGCACCCGCAGAUAAUGUCUGGAUCUUCGGCAGCAAGUGGUGCCUCGUCUGGGACGCAAGGAAGGUCAAGGUCGAAAUCCAAAUCAUCGUCGCGGCUGAGCUUCUCAUUGGGAGUGAAAACAUCCGACAAGGACACAAUGUCUAA